UGACGGCAGUGGUAUAUCACACACCCAACGAGAGGUCCAGAUACUGAGCCUUGGCAAACUGUAUCAAUCUUAUCACCUAAUUCCAGUUGUGAAGUUAAAAUCCAUAAUACUAGACGAAAGAUGAAUAAUUUCAGCGUACCCUAAUUUUCCCAAACAUGUUCUUGGGUAAUUCCACCAGCAAUCGAAUCACAAGAAAUCACGAUGGUUGUCGGUCUGAUAAGGUAUGAUAUUUAGUCAUGAAACAUUUAUCUUCAUUAACGAUUAAUGAUGAGGGAACCAUGGAACUGUUAUUGUUCUGCCUUGUUCCUCAUCUUAAAUUGCCACUCAACCACUGCCCAGCAGCGGACCGAGCCGCCCUUUGACUACCCUUCGGCAAAUCUUUCCACCACAUGGGUCAACACUCAAUCUUUCCGCAAUAAUAUUAGCUUCACAGAUGGCUCAAUGGUCCGACCCAUCCUCCUUAGAGGAUCAUUCGGGCCCAAAUUUGCCUGUGGGUUCUACUGCAACGGAACCUGCACCUCUUACCUCUUCGCUGUCUUCAUUGCUCAAACCAACAGCGGAGGUCAAAUCACUCAACCAUCUAGCGGGUUCCCUCAAGUGGUGUGGUCUGCAAACCGAGACCAUCCGGUUAGCUAUGGUGCAGUACUGAAUCUCACUGCAACUGGAGAACUGGUCCUGCAGGAUGCUGAUGGAAGCAUAGUUUGGAAUACCAACACUACAAGGAAAUCUGUUGCUGGUUUAAACUUAACUGACGAUGGAAACCUAGCGUUGUUUGAUGUCAAUAGCUCUGUUGUAUGGCAAUCUUUUGAUUACCCAACAGACUGUUUGCUACCGGGCCAAACACUGUCUCAAGGACAGCAGCUGAUACCUAGUGUUUCCACAACUAAUUGGACGGCCCAAAAAGGUUUGUUUUCUCUUCAAGUGACAGAUAACGGUUUGUAUGCUUAUGUUGGAUCAAACCCACCUCAAGCCUAUUUCAGUAAAACAGUCUCUGGCAACGAUACAAAUACAGGAAGACAAUAUGUUAGGUUCUUGAAUGGCAGUUUGUCUCUUUUCAUUUUUUCUGUUGAGCCAAGUGAUCCUGAUGAGGUGAUUACCGUACCUCCAGCAUCAUCGGCCCAGUAUAUGAAACUGAUGCCGAAUGGGCAUUUGCUAGUGUUUGAAGGGGAACCACCAUUCUCAGUGGUGGCUGAUCUACUGAACGGUUUUUUGGGAGAGUGUAAUUAUCCUAUGGCUUGUGGGAGAAAUGGCCUUUGCUCGGGUAAUCAACAGUGUAGCUGCCCAGUAUUAAGCUCUCCCAGGAUAGACUAUUUCAGAGCAGUGAACGAUCGGCAACCAGAACUGGGUUGCUCUGAAAUAACUCCUCUUACAUGUAAUGCUACCCAAGAUCAAGUUUUUAUUGCACUUGAGAACGUUAUGCACUUCAAUAUUAUUGCAGACAUGGUGAGUGUGGACAUAGAGACUUGCAAACAAGCAUGUGUCAACAAUUGCUCAUGCAAAGCAGCUCUGUUUCAGUAUGGUUCAGAUUCUUCAAGUGGGGAUUGUUAUUUACCUUUUGAACUUUUCACAAUGAUGAAUGUCGAUCCAGAUGUAGUUCAUCGUAAUGCUUCAGCUUUCAUAAAAGUGCAGAAUGCAACAUCACCUCCUUCCACUUCCACACCUCAAUCAUCUCAAUCAAAUUUAGGAGUUAUAUUAACUUCCACUAUUGGAAGUGUUUUGUUUCUUCUUGGGGUUGUAGGUUUUCUUAUUUACAAAAUACGUAAGCGAAGAUGGGACGAUCAAAGGGAGGAAGAGUCUAUAGGUGAGGUACCAGGAAUGCCAAACCGGUUUUCCUAUGAGGAAUUGGUAACCGCCACAGAGAAUUUCAAUAAAAAGCUUGGUGAAGGAGGAUUCGGAGCUGUUUUCGAAGGGACUCUUGAAGACGGCUCAAAGAUUGCUGUAAAAUGUCUUGAGGGUCUUGGGCAGGUUAACAAAUCAUUCCUAGCUGAGGUUCAAUCCAUUGGAAGCAUUCAUCAUGUGAAUCUGGUUACACUCAGGGGAUUUGGUGCUUGGAAAUCAAAGCGUUUUCUCGUGUAUGAAUUCAUGAGUAACGGGUCAUUAGAUCGGUGGAUCUACCAUGGAGAUCGAGAGCACGUACUGGAAUGGGAAUGCAGAAAGAAAAUCAUUCUUGAUGUAGCCAAGGGUCUAGCAUAUCUUCAUGAAGAUUGUAGGCAAAAAAUUAUCCACCUGGAUAUUAAACCUCAAAAUAUAUUGAUUGACAGUGAUUUCAAUGCCAAAGUAUCUGAUUUCGGGUUGUCAAAGCUCAUUGACAGAAAUCAAACCCAAGUGAUGACUACGAUGAGAGGAACCCCGGGAUAUCUGGCUCCAGAAUGGUUGAGUUCGGUUAUUACUGAAAAAGUGGAUGUCUACAGCUUUGGGAUCGUUCUCCUAGAGAUGCUGUGUGGGAGGAAGAAAUUUGACGAAUCUCAGCCUGAAGAAAGCUGGCACUUACUUGACGUUCUUCAAAAUUGUUGGGAACAAGGGACUCUGCAAGAUAUGGUUGACAAGUACAGUGAAGAUAUGCAGACUCACAGUUCAGAAGUUGUGGAGAUGAUGGAAUUGGCUUCAUGGUGCUUACAAGGUGAUUUUAAAAAAAGGCCUUCAAUGUCUAUGGUGGUUAAGGUGUUAGAAGGAGUAAUGAAAGUUGAAUCUAGCUUGGAUUACAACUUCACAGAUCCGAGACUGCAUAACACAACAGUUGAACGUGACAAAGAUAUGACUCCUUUGUUAGCUUCUGUUCUGUCUGGUCCUAGGUGACAUUCUUGUUGAUGACUUUUAUGCACAUUCUUAUGUUUCAUGGUUUUUAUGUUCUUUUCUUUCUUAAACUUUUGCAAAAACUGCAGUUGUGAUUAUAAGAUUUGAGUAUUCACUUCUUCUUGGUC